UGACGUUUGCGUAUACAGGUCCUGUAGCCGUGGCAGCGGCUGAGGCUGGCGGGCCAGGUACGGCUGCCGCGGGUCGAGAGAGCAACUCUCCGCCAACCUCAGCCCGGGCCGCCGCCGCCGCCGCGGGGUCGGAAGCAUCUAGCUAUGCUGGCAUGUAGUAGGCACUCAAGAAAUGUGUGUUGAAUGAACGAUGCCUGUGACGAGCACCUGGACUUUAUUCUUUCCUGACCCUUGAUCUGUGACACAUCUCCUCCUGGCUGCUACUAUCACUCCUUCAGAGCAGACCUCCUCUAGAGAGCCUGGAAGGGAAACAGCUAUGGCCAAGGACAUCCUGGGUGAAGCUGGGUUGCACUUUGAUGAACUGAACAAGCUGCGGGUGUUGGACCCAGAGGUUACCCAGCAGACCACAGAGCUCAAGGAAGAGUGCAAGGACUUUGUGGACAAAAUUGGCCAGUUUCAGAAAAUAGUUGGUGGUUUACUUGAGCUUGUUGACCAACUUGCAAAAGAAGCAGAAAAUGAGAAGAUGAAGGCCAUUGGUGCUCGCAAUUUGCUCAAAUCUAUAGCAAAGCAGAGAGAAGCCCAACAGCAGCAACUCCAAGCACUAAUAGCAGAAAAGAAAAUGCAGCUCGAAAGGUAUCGGGUUGAAUAUGAAGCUUUGUGUAAAGUAGAAGCAGAACAAAAUGAAUUUAUUGACCAAUUUAUUUUUCAGAAAUGAACUGAAAAUUUCAUUAUAUAGCAGGAGGGCAGAAAAA